AUGAAAAGUGCAUACAGAAGUGUCAUAUUUGGUAUUGGACAAAAGGAAUUGGGGAUGCAGUACAAGAUGAACCGUGUUGUUGGUCAAUGCAGACAGAAGAUUGAACUUAUGCAGGGAAAGUUUACAGAGAAGCUAGAAGAACUGCACGUUGCAUAUCAAAAGAUGGGUAAAAAGGCAAAAGAGGAACUUGAUUGGAUGUAUGAUAAACUGAGUACUCAGGAUGACUCCGAAGAGCUCAGCUCAACUUGUUUGGAGGCAUGCCUAACAUGUUGGAUAGCAGUAACCCUCCUAGGCAAGAAAAUAAUCCAAGAGGUGAACCGCGACUACAACUUGUUGAAAAGCAUAAAAUUGUUAUCCAUGAAAUUGAAACAUGUGCUGAACUAUUUGGCAAAAGGCUCAGGAACAUGCAGAAUCGAGACAUUCAGAUCUAAAUGGUGCCUUGCUCCAAUCGUCGAUUGGUUGACAGAUCCGAGCGCUUCGCCGUUCCUGUCGUCGUGGUUCAGUGCAGUUUUCUGGGCCAAGUUUAACCGUGUGGGGAGUGCGGGGGAGGGGUGCUCAGCGUUGGCUCCCCCCUCCCCCGCCCUGCCGUUGGCGCAGUCACUUUGGUGGUUCAGGCGGCUGCUCUCCGUGGCUUUAUUCCGGCUUCGUUGGUUUCCAGUGACGCCUUCAUCUGUUCAGAGCUCCGUUGACACAGCCUAUUGCCUAGCCUCGCCCUUCCAUUUCAUUGCUGGGAGUCUGCUCUACAAGUUCGCCACCUCUGACACCGUCGUGUUAGUCUGCUCAGCCUGGGCUGAUAUGUCUUCUGUUGUGGGAAUAAGAUCGCUUUGGGGUGCUCUUGGACAUGAUGUAUUCCAUCUGUAUAGCAUUACUGUCUCAAAUUUCAGAACUGUUGCUAUUGAGAAAGAGAUACUUAUGCAUAUUCAUGGUGACGAGCCUAUUGGGAAAGAGUUUAUGGAACUCCAACGAUGCAAGGUCAACUUUGGCGCUGGGAGCAACAGUGACGGGCAGAGGCGUUGGCACACGGCAGCGACGGUGCUGCUGGAGGAAAUGGACCACAAACCUCAAGUGGGCUAUGGUGAGAGGCUGGAGCAUGAUGGAUUGCAGUCCCCUUGGAGGAGAGACACCAUGGACCGAUUCACAAGGUGA